AUGGAAAAUGAAAGUAAAAUGCUCAUAGUCUGCUUAUAUGUAGAUGAUCUUAUAUAUACUGGAAAUGAUAGUGCCAUGUUUGACAAAUUUAAAAAGUCUAUAAUGGUUGAAUUUGAUAUGACUGAUCUUGGAUAUAUGCAUUAUUUUCUCAAUAUUGAAAUGACACAAUUUGCUGAUGGAAUUUUUAUUUCCCAAAAGAAAUAUGUGCAAGAAAUUUUAGGCAGGUUUCAAAUGAAAAACUGUAAUUCUGUCAGCACACCAACUGAAGUGGGUUUGAAGUUCAUCAAAAAUCCUGAAGGAAGGAAGGUUGAUAGUACUCUUUACAAGCAAAUUGUGGGAAGCUUGAUGUAUUUAAUUGCAACAAGACCAGAUAUAAUGUACACUGUUAGUCUUAUUAGUAGGUACAUGGAAUGUCCAAUGGAGAUGCAUCUUUUAGCUGCCAGAAGAAUUUUUUGGUACUUGAAAGGUACUAUUGACUAUGGGUUGUUCUACAAGAAGGGAGAAGAGGCAAAUUUAAUUGAUUUUACAGAUAGUGAUUAUGUUGGAGACGUAGAAGAUAGGAAGAGUAUGUCUGGCUAUGUCUUUAAGUUGCGAUUAGGAGCUAUUUCACGGUCAUCAAAGAAGCAAGCAAUUGUUACUCUAUCAACAACAGAAGUAGAAUUUGGACCUGACAAGGGAGGAGUCAUUGAUCUUAUUUACUGCAAGAGUGAAGACCAGGUUGCUGACAUAAUGACCAAGCCUCUCAAGUUAGCAUCGUUUUUCAAGCUCAGAAAAUUGCUUGGAGUCUCCACUUUAGAUGGUCCGGUUUGA